UCCCAUUAGGCGGCAAACUCACACUUAGCCAAAAACAAUCACAGAUCGCAGUUCAUAUAAGUGUCGUGUUUGUUGUUACUUUUCGUUGUUUUCGUAUGAGAAACCUUGUCAGUUUGUUAGACUGCGUUGCGCCACCACCUCGAUGUGAACUUCUACAGCCCAGGAGACCAUUACUUGACCGAAUUAAGAUCGGGGGAACUCUGACAAAGUUGUCUUCCGCCUCACAAAGAUAGCGCCUGCGUGUGUGUUGGUACCCGAAUAACUGGACAUUCCCAUUUUGCGCAGUUUCCGCUGAAACUGUUAGGAUUGAAAGAAGCGGUGAAUCUCGGUAAUAGGCGCAUCAUGGCACGCGACACCCAAGGAACCCAGGGCACCCAGAGCCAAGCAUCCAAUAUCUGGACCCAAGUGGAGAGCCAGCCCAUGGAGAAGAUCGUCUGGGGGCGCUUAUAUGGCAAGAACAUCAAAAUCAAGUCCCUGGGUACGAGUUCCAAAUACCGCAUAGUUUAUACGCAAUCGUCCUUUUCUGUUGAUCUUAAUAAUGACGAAUUUUCGGCAGGACGUGGAGAGGCGAAUGAUCUGAUCCUGACCCUCAACGACCUGCCAGAGAAAAUAUUAACACGCAUUUCCAAAGUUCAUUUUGUCAUAAAGCGAGCCAAUUGUGAAUUAACAAAUCCAGUUUAUAUUAAGGAUCUCUCACGCAAUGGGACAUUUGUGAACAAUGAAAAAAUUGGAAUAAACAAAAUGCGAAUAUUGAAAAAUGACGACGUUAUUUCCCUUUCCCACCCCACCUACAAGGCCUUUGUGUUCAAAGACCUGAGCCCGAACGAGGCGAUCGGACUACCGGAGGAGAUUACCAAAACGUAUUAUGUCAAUCGCAAGCUGGGAUCAGGGGCGUAUGGAUUGGUGCGCCUGGUGUAUGACACACGUACUUGCCAGCAAUUUGCCAUGAAAAUAGUGAAGAAGAACAUGCUCUCUGGUGCGCGGCCCAGCACUAACUUCAGUGAUCCCGAACGGGUUCUAAAUGAGGCGAAAAUCAUGAAGAAUCUGUCACAUCCGUGCGUGGUUCGCAUGCACGACAUAGUCGACAAGCCGGACUCCGUGUAUAUGGUGCUGGAAUUUAUGCGAGGAGGGGAUUUGCUGAAUCGCAUUAUUAGUAAGAAGUUGUUGAAUGAGGACACAUCCAAGCUUUAUUUUUAUCAAAUGUGCCAUGCAGUAAAGUACCUUCACGACAGGGGCAUCACUCACCGCGACUUGAAGCCAGACAACGUCCUGCUCGAGACGAACGACGAAGAGACCUUGUUAAAGGUCUCCGAUUUCGGGCUGAGCAAAUUCGUGCAGAAGGACUCGGUGAUGCGUACCCUUUGCGGUACCCCGCUUUAUGUGGCCCCCGAGGUUCUCAUAACUGGUGGUCGAGAGGCUUACACCCGGAAAGUAGACAUUUGGAGCUUGGGAGUGGUGCUCUUUACUUGUCUGAGUGGAACUCUGCCGUUUUCGGAUGAAUACGGCACCUCGGCAGCCGAUCAAAUCAAGAAGGGAAAGUUCGCCUACAGACAUCCGGCCUGGAAGGGUGUCUCGCAGCGAGCCAAGCUGCUGAUCAAUCAAAUGCUCAUUGUGGAUCCCGAGCGGCGACCCUCAAUCGAUGAUGUAUUGCAGUGCAACUGGCUACGGGAUGGGCAAAUGCUGCAGAAUGCCAAGAGACUUAUGAAACUAGAGGGUAUGGAGAUCGAAGACGAGGACGAGAACAAUUUCCUAGAGCCUCCCACGAAGAGGUCGCGACGCUAAGGAAGGUUGCGCGAAAAAAUUUUAAUUUUCUGGAAAAAUUAAGUGGAAAUAUUUUUCUGCAACCACCCACUCGACUGUUACAAAGUAUUUUUUUGCGGUUGUUUAUAUUUUUACGUGUUUUUAGUGUAGUUUUUUCACUCGCGCCAGCACCCUCCGGGUGAACUGCAUUUAACCAUUCGAUGGCUUGUUUUCAUUACCAUAUUUUAAGGAUGGAUUUCAUUCCAAUUAUCACGAUACGUUGCCGUUAAUUGUUUAGUAACUAAACUUAUGUUUGUAUGUAAGAAUUCAAUUUGACUUUUCAGCAAAACCACUGAGCUUUUUGAAGUAAAGCAUUAAUUUGAAA